UGGCAGCCCAGUGUGGCUGUCACACUGGAGUACACAAUGCUGCUACAUAGUUAGAAAUGUGCUUAAAUUAGUCUUAUGAUCUUAAGGUCUUUAUUUUAAGGAAAAUAUACUCGGCAUGCAAUCAAAAGUGAUACAAUUGAUUGUUUUUGCGGAAUAACAUGUAAGUAAACUGCUAGAGAUGAUGCAUUUGUCUCUAUGUAGAAGCAAAGGGCUCUUCCUGCCCUUUAUCAAACACUGUCCUGAUAUGAAAGUAUUCCGCAUUAAACGGGUAUCCGAAGGAAACAUGAUCACCUGCACUAUGAUCAGACACAGGUGGAUGAAAAACGCCUGUUUAAGCGUCAGUCCUGUCAGAGAGUUCAGCUCAAAUGCAACUGAGAAGGAGAGUAUAGACAUGUCAAAGUUUCCAGUGGAGAGAAUUCGGAACUUCAGCAUUAUUGCUCAUGUCGAUCACGGCAAGAGCACUUUAGCAGACAGACUACUGGAGAUCACAGGUGCCAUUGCGAAGUCAGUGAAUAACAAGCAGGUGUUGGAUAAACUGCAGGUGGAGAGAGAGAGAGGAAUCACUGUGAAAGCACAGACUGCCUCGCUCUUCUAUCAGUAUGAGGGCCAGACGUACCUGCUCAAUCUCAUCGACACACCUGGUCACGUUGACUUCAGCUAUGAGGUAUCACGGUCCAUUUCUGCUUGCCAAGGAGUUCUGCUGAUUGUCGAUGCAAAUCAGGGGAUUCAAGCGCAAACAGUCGCCAAUUUCUAUCUGGCAUUUGAGGCUCAACUAACAAUCAUCCCUGUUAUAAACAAGAUUGAUUUGAAAAAUGCUGACCCAGAGAGAGUGGAGAAACAGAUUGAAAAAGUCUUCGAUAUCCCAAAGGAGGAGUGUAUCAGGAUCUCUGCAAAACUGGGCACUAAUGUGGAGCAAGUUCUGCAGGAGGUGGUGAAUCGGAUUCCACAUCCAGUGGCGCGAGUGGCCGAUCCAUUUAAGGCUCUGGUCUUUGACUCUACCUUCGACCAUUAUAGAGGAGUGGUGGCCAAUAUCGCUCUGUUUGGUGGACGUGUGUCCAGAGGAGACAAGAUCGUCUCCUCCCACCUGGGAAAGAUGUAUGAGGUCAACGAGCUGGGCGUUCUGAGACCAGAUGAACACCCAACAGAGACGCUGUAUGCCGGACAGGUGGGUUUUGUGGUUGCUGGGAUGAAGGAAGUGAAGGAGGCACAGAUUGGAGACACUCUUUACCUCCACAAACAGCCUGUGGAGGUGCUGCCGGGGUUUAAACCGGCUAAAGCCAUGGUCUUCGCAGGCAUGUAUCCUAUGGACCAAUCAGAAUACUCAGCCCUGCGCAGCGCUGUGGAGAAACUAGUGCUGAAUGACUCCAGUGUGACAGUACAGAGGGACAGCAGCCUGGCUCUGGGGGCUGGAUGGAGGCUGGGGUUUCUAGGUUUGCUGCAUAUGGAGGUGUUUAACCAGCGGUUAGAGCAGGAGUACAAUGCGUCUGUUAUCGUAACAGCUCCAACUGUGCCAUACAAGGCUGUGCUGGCAUCUGCUAAACUCAUAAAGGAGCACGGUGAGGAGGUGAUCACCAUCAUCAACCCUGCGCAGUUCCCAGAUAGAUCACAGGUGCUGGAGUAUCUGGAACCCAUGGUGCUGGGAACAAUCAUCGCUCCACAUGACUUCACUGGGAAGAUCAUGAGCCUUUGUCAGAGCCGCAGAGCCAUUCAGAAGAGCAUGUUCUACAUCGAUGAUAAUCGAGUCAUGAUGAAGUACGUCUUUCCUCUAAAUGAGAUUGUGGUGGACUUUUACGACCAGCUAAAAUCAAUGUCAUCAGGAUACGCCAGUUUUGAUUACGAGGACGCUGGUUAUGAGGCAGCUGAGCUCAUAAGAAUCGACUUCCUGCUCAAUGGACGACCCGUAGAGGAACUUGCCACUAUCGUUCACAAAGAGCGAGCGUACAGUCUGGGCAAAUCCAUAUGUGAGAGACUGAAGGAUUCCAUCCCGAGACAGAUGUUUGAGAUCGCUGUGCAGGCCGCCAUCGGAAGCAAAGUCAUCGCUAGAGAAACGAUCAAAGCAUACCGAAAGAAUGUUCUGGCAAAAUGUUAUGGUGGCGACAUUACAAGAAAAAUGAAACUGCUAAAGAAGCAGGCAGAAGGAAAGAAGAAAAUGCGGCGCAUUGGAAACAUUGACGUCCCGAAAGAUGCCUUCAUCAAUGUUCUUAAACGGAAGUAGUUUCCUCUGGAACUUCACCAUAAGAAUCAUAAAAAUCUAGGGUUUCUUUGGGGUGAUUUGUAAAUACGAGACUUGGAAGUGUAUGGUGAUUGACUUAGAUAUGAUAUUAAAGAUGAUAGAACUGAGUGAUAUUAUUCAGGGUACUUAAAGCAGGUUGGAUUAAUUAGUCUUCAUUAUGCUGAAACGAUUCUGCAGUUCUCCCAGGAGUGGAGUCAGACUGCUUGCUAAGUGUUUUCAUUGGAAACAUUCAUUCUGAGUGGAUGCAGAAGUAUUUGGCUGCACUGUUUUACUUUGAAGACAUUGUUAUUCCACUUUCAGCUAGUCAGAGAGUGAGAUAUAGUGGUUGUGAAUAUCAGGUUCGAUACAGUGCAGGUUGAGUUUGCUGAAGGAUUUCUAAAUGUCUGAGCUUUUCAAACUGAGCAGAAAUCACACUAGUCAGGUGUCGGGCAAGUAAAUUAAAAUACAAAAAUGCACGUGAGUGAACAAUAAUUAAUUUCAUUUAUACACUUAGUGACCACUUUAUUAGGAACACCUGUAACCUACGUAUUCAUGUGAUUAUCUAAUCGGCCAAUCAUGUUGCAGCAGUCCAAUGCAUAAAACCAUGCAGAUACGGGUCAGGAGCUUGUUAAUGUUCACAUCAAUCAUCAGAUUAUGGAAAUAUGGCAUGAUUGUUGGUGCCAGAUGGGCUGGUUUGAGUAUUUCUGUAACUGCUGAUAUCCUGGGAUUAGGCAUGUGACGGUAUAAAAUUUUCACGGCACGAUAACCGCUGAAGUAUUUAUCACGGUAUAUGGUAUUAUCAUGGUACUGAAUUACAUUACAAAACGGGUUGAAAGAUAAACUUUAAUUUUGUUCUCUUAAUAACAAAUGUAAUUACUUUUUCAAUACCAAACUGGCCUUUAAAUGAACAGAUAAUGAAGAACUUUGGAAAAAAAAAACCUGAACGUUAAAACAAAACUACCAUCUGCACCAUAGAUACAUAACCAAAUAUAACAUUUAAGUGCAUUCCAAUCGACCGUUUGGGUCCUCAGAAGUGGACUUCACAUGGUAUUCAGCCAUUUUAAGGGAUAUUCCAAUCCGAAGGGAGGAUAUAUGUUCAGUUGGAAGGACACUUCAGACGACAUAGGGAAUAAGUGUACAUCGAUACAUCACUUCACAGGAAGUGGAGAGGGAAAUUUACCCUCCAGUCAUUGUGAACCAGCAGAGUACUGAUGUAGUGUGGCUAAAAUAAACAGAGUCUGAGACACUGGCAUUUUAAUUAAGCUUAAAUUACCUCAGGUGUGCUUUCUAUGUGACUUGUUACAUCCGUUGUGACAACUGGUCAUAUAACAGUUAAGAAGACACACAUAUAAAAUAACCACAUUUUUUAUUUAAUUUUUUAUUAAUCAGUAACAGUUAGGUUGGGAAACCGAGAACCGGUUCUUGUUCAGAACCGUAAUUACUCAAAGGAGCAGGUUCUUUUGAAUCAACAGCGCAAAACAUAUUGUUAUAAUGAUGUGCAAGUUAUAAAUGUCCAACUCUAAAUGGAAUAAGAACUGUUGAAGUCUCACAAGCCUGAAGUACAACAUUAGACAACAUAACACAGUCUAAACUGUCUCUGGAACUGUUACUGUUUAUUUAAUGAUGACCUGUGUCUCUAUUACAUAAGGAACCGGAAUCGUAAAAUUCCUUAUGAUUCCCAACCCUAGUAACAGUUAUUUAACUUACGGGUUACAUGUCGAGAAAUAUAUAUAUAUUUAAAGCUGCACUAUGUAAGAUUUUUUGGUUAAAAAUGAACAAACUGCCAUUGUUGAUUGAGUACAUAAACAGCAGUGUCAAAACAAUGUUCUUACCUUACCCCGAUUCACUACGGUAAGCCUAUACAAAUUAUUUGUAUUUUAAGCUGUCAGGUUCGAUUUGGCGCAGAUUCGGUUUAAUUCCUUGCUUCAUUACAUCAUGUCCGCACACACAGGAAAGAAGUGAUGGCUUCUGUGUAUAAUAUUAUAACAUAAUAUCUAUAUAGAAAACUGCACGUUAUGACUCCGGCUCUGUAUAUCUCCAGUCAUGAUCACACACAGGCAAAGCUCAAAUCAUGAGAUUCAUCCGCCAGAAGAGCAGUGCCAGAACACGACUGAUGUAAAGUGUUCUUCCGCAAAUUGCUUGCAAUUUUAAGUUUCAACCACAGAUGACGCUAGAGAGCACAAAGUUAGUAGUGCGGCUUUAAAUAUAUAACAGUACAUUUUUAUAAGUAUACACAUGGAUGUAUUACAUUAAUUCAUAUAUAUGGAAGUAAGGUUAUUUAUUGUACAUUUAUAUAUAUUUACUCAAGUAUUUUGUGUCAUCUUGAACCCCGUGAUCAGCGCAACUCAAGCGUCCUCUGUGUUUGAUGACUUUGUAGAGUAUUCCAAAUGAACGAAUUUUGUCAAGUGAAGUGGACUUCAACAAAUAUCCCAUGCUCAGUGAGUAGGGAGCAGUGAACACUGCGUAGGGACCCUGCAGAUUGGAACACACCUAAUGUUGACGUCUUAAUAUUUAAAUGGUCAUUAUUCCACAGGCCACUGAUCAGUAGAUCAGUACAUAACUUGUUUUGUUGAGGCUAAUGUUAAAGCAAGGCUAGACUAAUUUUUGUCAAGUCAGCAACUAGGCUACAACAAUAGUAUGCAUGUUUUGUUUUAGUUUUUUUCUGGAUAGCAAGUCAAUUGCUAAUAACUAGGUCCUUUAAUUUAAUAACCACAAGUUCACACAUACUGUAUGGCAACGUACGUUUGCGUGGCGUUCUAACUUGAAAUAAAUGCUGAAAUCAUCAUUGUGCCACAUUGACAUUAUUGAUAACAUUAUUAUCUGAUUCCAACUUUAUUUUAGCUGUUACUACAAACGUUACUGUGUAGCUAGUGGAGUUUAUGUGAACUACUCAUCGGCCACUUAGCUAAUUGAAUCUUAGAGUGAUGUCUCUCAGUUUCCAAAAACAGUUUGGAAAAACGAGCAUAACUGUCACAAUUUAUCUUGCUGAAUUAAACAGAAUGAUUGUCAUGCAAAUGAGCGAAAAUGUUGGUGUUCCCGUGUUUCGCUGCCACUUUUCUGCCGUAUGUUUUACAUAAAUGGAAACCAUCACUCCCUCUGCAUUUUUAUGGAGCCCAAAAUACUUCCUCACUUCCGACUUUAUCCUAUUAAAAUGUGAAUAAAGGGUCAGCUGCAUUUCUCCUGCAGCCGUGCUACUAUUAGUUCACGCUGGUUUGCUUACAUCAGUGUGCGUAUGUGUCAUUUGUGAUGCAUACAUGCAGUGUUGUAAAUCUCAAUUCGAUGAUGAAAUAAAAACUACUGUACGAUCAGAAAAAUCAAAUAAAAAUGGAUAAAAGUUAUCCAAUUUGGUUAUCUAGAUUCUAUAAUUAUUUACGGUAUUUUGAAGUGCCCACGAUAACAAUGUGCAUGUUAAUUACCGUGAUAUACCGUAUAACCGAAUACCGUCACAUGCCUACCUGGGAUUUUAACGUGUAACAGUCUCUAGAGUGUAUAGAGAAUGGUGCUAAAAACAAAAAAUAUCCAGCGAGCGGCAGUUCUGUGGACGGAAACACCUUGUUGAUGACAGAGGUCAAAGGAGAAUGGCCAGACUGUUUCGAGCUGACAGAAAGACUACAGUAACUCAGAUAACCACUCUGUGCAAUUAUAGUGAACAGAACAUUAUCUUAGAAUGCACAACAUGUUGAACUUUGAGGCGGAUGGACUAAAACAGCAGAAGACCAUGUUGGUUCCACUUCUGUCAGCCAAGAAAAGAAAACUAAGGCUGCAAUGGGCCUACCAUAUGUGUACCUCAGCAGACAUCCAGACUCAUCAGACCAGGCGAUGUUUUACCAAUCAUCUUCUGUCCAGUUUUGGUAAGCCUGUGCCCACUGCAGCCUCAAAAUAUAAAAAUCCAGAUUC